UCCGGGGGUGCGGGACGCUCCCUUGCAGAGCCGUGCCCCGUCGCUCGGGAUCCAGCCCGGGUUUUCGGAGCGGCUGCAGCCUCCCGGCGCUCCCGGACGGGGUCCCGGGGCGUCCCGAGCGCUUCUCGGUACCACCACCACCACCACCGCCGCCGCCGCCGCAACUUUGGCGGAGCGGGAUCCGCAGCUCCACCGGGACGCGCCGCCCCCGCGAGGCUCCGGUAACUUUCUGCGGGUUCCCGGGGGGGCGCCGGGGUCCCCGUUGGAUGCGCCGCUGUUGUCCCGCACGGAGACGCGGACGCCGCCGCCGCCCUCCCGGGGCCGCUCGCAGGUUGUCUACAUGCGUGUGUGUGCUGUGCUGACUCACUGACACACUGACAUGCUGACCUACCAGUCCAGAGCUGAGAUGCUGAACUGGACACAGUAUUGCAGAUGAGGUCUCACAAGAGAGGAGCAGAGGGGCAGAAUCCCCUCUCCCUCCCUGCUGGCCGCGCUGCUUUGGAUGCAGACCAGGCACCCCACAUCUUUCUCUGCAGGGCCGCUCUCAAUCACAUCAUCCCCCUUUGUGUACUGAAAAUGGGAAUUGCUCCGACCCAGGUGUAGGACCUUGCCCAUGUUGAACCUCAUGAGGUUCUCACAGCCCCACUUCUCCAGUGUGUCCAGGUCCCUCUGGAUGACAUCCCGUCCUUCUAGUGUGGCAACAUGUUCGACCCUUCCAGCCCCUCGGCCAUGGGACACACUGAGCACCGCUGUCUACGCCCUCCCGGACCAGCCACACCUGCCCCAGGGCCACAAGGACUUGAUUUCUCUAUAUGUCAUCAGUCAAACCUCAUGAGUGGUCACCGUGGUUAUGGGUCGGUGCCAGGAACCGAACACAUGGGCAGUGUUGAUGGCUCACGAUUCUCCACACCCCGUGGUGCAGGCAAACUGGGCAAGAAGCGAGCACUGUCCAUCUCCCCCCUGUCAGACUCUAGCAUUGACCUGCAGACGGUAAUCCGCACCUCACCCAACUCCCUCGUUGCGUUCAUCAACUCCCGCUGUGCCUCUGCCAGUGGCUCCUAUGGCCACCUCUCCAUCAGCACCAUCAGUCCAUCACUGGGGUACCAGAGUCCACCGGGUCAGCAGAAGGGCCAAGGCCACCUGUACAGCCACACACCACCACCACCACCACCAUGUAGCUCCCAUGAACAUCUGCCCACUCAUCCAGGACUCCUGCACCAUCCCCCGGCUUGUGGGACCCUCAAACACUGCCAGCAGCUAAAGUUGGAGUGGAGCCUGAGCAGCCCUCUGACUGUCAAAUACCCAGAGGAGAGAUCUGAAGGUGAUAUUUCCAGUCCAGCUUCCACAGGCACACAGGAUCCCUUACUGGGGAUGCUUGAUGUUAGAGAAGAUCUGGAGAAGGAGGAUGGGAAGCUCGAGUCUGAGACUGUGUAUGAAACCAAUUGCUACUGGGACAGUUGUGCCAAGGAGUUCGAUACGCAGGAGCAGUUGGUGCAUCACAUCAACAACGAGCAUAUCCAUGGAGAGAAGAAGGAGUUUGUGUGCCACUGGGCAGCAUGUUCCCGGGAACAGAGGCCCUUCAAGGCCCAGUAUAUGUUGGUGGUGCACAUGCGACGUCACACAGGCGAGAAACCUCACAAAUGCACGUUUGAGGGUUGUAACAAAGCCUACUCACGCCUGGAAAACCUCAAGACGCACCUGCGCUCACACACGGGUGAAAAACCUUACGUGUGUGAACACGAGGGCUGCAACAAGGCCUUCUCCAAUGCUUCUGACCGGGCCAAGCAUCAAAACCGCACCCACUCCAAUGAGAAGCCCUACGUGUGCAAGAUUCCAGGCUGCACCAAGCGCUACACUGACCCAAGUUCGCUGCGCAAACACGUGAAGACAGUGCACGGCCCCGACGCCCACGUCACCAAGAAGCACCGAGGGGACGUGGUGCCAGGCCGUCCACUGCCCAUCCUCAGCGGCCACCCAGAAAUGAAGCAGGAGAAAGAUACAAAUGGUCUCGCUGAGGCCCGAAAGGAUGACGGCAAACUCUUGGUGCCUGACUUGGGCUUGAAGCCGCAGCCCAGCCCAGGUGGACAGUCGUCGUGCAGCAGUGAACACUCCCCACUUGGCAGUACCACCAACAAUGACAGUGGGGUGGAGAUGGCGGGCAACGCAGGUGGGAGCUAUGAGGAUCUGUCCACACUGGAGGAUGCGGUGCCUGGUGAGCCCAUGGGCACCUCAGGGCUCAUGGCCCUCCACAAGCUAGAAAAUCUUCGUAUUGACAAACUGAAGCAGAUGAGGAAGCCAUCAGCUACCAAGGGCCUGAAUUUGCCAACCAUCCCUGGAGCCGCCCUACCUGGAGAGGUGCCCGGGAUCUCUGUGAGGCCACCAGCUGCCUCACACCGGCGCAUUGCGGAGCUGUCAGCAGCAGAGAUGGGUAUGCCACCGAACGAACGCCGGAGCAGUGCCACAAGUACCAUAAGCUCAGCCUACACGGUGAGCCGGCGCUCCUCCUUGGUGUCUCCAUACUUGACUGGGUCAUGUCCACCUGGCGAGGCAGGGACAAUGCCUGGUGGAGGAGGUCCAUCAGACAGCUACGACCCCAUCUCUCCGGAUGAGUCGCGACGCUCCGGUGAUACCAACCACUGUGGAGGGCUGCCAGGUGUGGGCAGCCUUACUCCAGCCCAGCGCUAUCGUCUCAAGGCUAAAUAUGCUGCAGCCACCGGUGGACCACCACCAACCCCACUGCCCAGCAUGGAGCGGAUGGCCAUGGGUGGCCACGGCAGCUUUCGUGGGGACUACCUUGGACCAGCUGAAUCCCGCUUCCUUGCAAAUGGCUUGCUGCGAAGGCACAGUUCCAAUGAUUUCCCUGGCUAUGCAGGCAGUGUUCCGCCUCACUUGGUGCCCCGGAAUGGUGUACGGCGCGCCAGCGACCCUGCCCGGACUGCAGCCAACCCUCACGCUGCACCCAAGGUGCAUCGUUUUAAGAGCAUGGGUAACGUCAAUGUGUCAGGAGUGGGCAGAGCUACUCUACAGCCCUUGGGUGGUUCUGAUGCCAACCUUCAGCGUCAUGUCUUCUCCCCACGCCCACCCAGCAUCAGUGAAAACAUCUUCCUGGAGAGCGUGAGCAUAGACAGCCCUGGUUCAGGCGUGGAGUCUGGCUUGCUAGAGAUGGAACAGUACUUCAACUACGCCGAGGAAAGCUUCCCAUGCCAGGGUACAGGGGUGGCACUCCAGUGUGAAGGCCUUUUCAGCAGCGCUCAGCGGACAACAGGGUGUAUGCAUCUCUACCCAGGAGGGCACGGGGACAUGGAGGAAGGCUUGCUUCAGUCCGAGUUCUCCCUCCCUCAGUGCCAAAUGAACCAGCACUUCCCAAGUAUGCAGGCUGGCAACGGGACCGUGUCAGCUCCUUGGGAUGAACCUUUCCAAGGCAACCUGGAGAUGAGUUCUGGGCAGUCAAAUGUCAGUGCCUCUGCUGCUGCCAUAUCUGGGUCACACUGUCACCAUCAAAGUACUGAGUACCUAUUACCCAAUUCCUGCGGACAACAACCCAAACUUGUGAGCUCAGGCCAGGGCGGUGGAUUUCCUGGGGGGUACCGCCUUAACCGACUACAGAUCAAAUCUGAGCAACGUUACCCAGCACCUGCCCCAGCACGUGCUCCCUGCCAGGACACCAAGCUUGCUGCACCCAUGCAGCCUCCUGCAUCAUUUGGCCAAGCCAUGAAUGUAGGGCCUGGUGGUUACCAGUCCGAGGAACGGGCACCAGUUGGUUACGUGGGGAUGUUGAGUCAGGGCACUAGAAGAGCCCAGACCCCCACCAUGCAGACCAAAGAAGUGAUGGUCCGUAGUUAUGUGCAGGCUCAGCAGGCUCUGAUGUGGGGAGACCAAGGAGCCUCCAAGGGAGAGAAGGCUGGCUUGGAGUUGGGCAAUGAACCUGGGCAGUGCCAAGCCAUGCAAACACCACCGUACCUCAGCCCCAAGUACUCUGGUUACCAAACUAAACCAGAUCACCUGCAACAUCUAGUAGAGACCCAACACCUCCUAACCAACCCGUGUUUCAACCCAGAGAUGGUGCCACACCCACCUGGUGGCCCUAAACCACCUGGUCACCAAAACAAUCUGAGCUAUGCAGGCAACCUGGAUCAGGCAAAUCGUUCCUAUGAGGGAGUGGAAGCCGCCUCUCGGCGUGUGCUUCGCUUGCCCCCAGCCCGCCCCACACCUGAGGGACCUGGGAAUGCCAACCUGUAUUACCCAAGCCAGGGCACACAUAUACAGAUGGAGAAAGGUGGCCAUAAGCUAUUGGGCCAAACGGCCGCGAGCUGUGGAGGUCCUGGGCGUUACGGUGGAAGCUUGGAAGGACUCAAAGGCAGCUCAUAUUACUCCCUGGAUUCAGGGGAGCAGGUGGCCAAUAGCCUGGACUCCCUGGACCUGGAGAACACGCACCUUGACUUUGCUGCCAUCGUGGAAGAUCCAGAGACGUCUGCAGAGCUGCCUGGCCCUGCUGGUGGCCUCUUGCUUCCUGCGUCUGGUGGUGCCAAUAUGGCUGUGGGUGAGAUGAGCUCCAUGUUGAGCACGCUGGCAGGGGAGAGCCAUUUCCUCAACUCCCUGUCCUAAUUAGGAUGCGCCGGACAUCAGGUGGGAAUGUCUGCAAACCACAUUUGGGCAGAGGUGUGAAAUCCCUUCUCACAUGCAGAUUUAUGCUUGGGGUGGGGUGGCAGGAGGUGGGGGGAAAACCACCCUCCUGAAGCCUCCGCUUCAGCCUGUGAGCGUCAGGCUCUUUUGGGAGAGGGACAUCGCUGGGUCCCAGAUACAGCUACAAUCCAUCAGGUGCUUCAGGUCACCUUUUUGUGCGGCAAAGUAGUUUUACUGAACCCUUCCAGUGCCUGGAACCUUUUCCUGCCUCUUCUAGAGCUCUGGACGAGUUAUCUCCGUGCAGCCUUAAUGUUGAAACCAAAGAGUUCCACCCUCCUCAACCCUGUGGGCAGGCCCCAUCGCAAUGUUCCCACUGCCUCCGUUAAAUCCCGGUCUUUGUAAUGACUCCAUGCCAUCACUCCUUGCUUGGCAAGGUCCGUCAUCCCCCCGCCCUGGUCCCCCGUCUUGCUGGAGGAGGGAGAAGGGAGAGGCAAUUCUCCACCGAAGGGACGACGGGGAGAUGCUGGAGCGCUUGGCACUGCCAGCAUUGCUCUGUACGUGGUGUGCACACGCGUGUGUUUCCGCUGGGGAUGUCACUGCAGCCUGCCUUUGGAUUUUUCUGUCUGAAAGAAACAGCAGUGCCGUCCCCUCCCAUUAAACCCUUUCUCAGGGGACUCUGUAG